AUGGCCCCUAAGUCUUGCCAGGAGUCUGAAGAUGAGCAGGUGUCCCCAGCUCCAGCAGGUGUAAAGCCAGACAGCAGUGACUUAGAGUCUGCAGCCGGUACACCUAUGGACACAGAGGCUCCUUCGUGUUCCCGGAGCAGUAAGCCCUACUGCGCACCUACCCCAGUGGGCUGCUCUAUCAAGCAGCAGUUAGCCCCUGAAACCAUGGACCCACGUACCCUGAGGCUGUUAUGGGAACAGAGAGAACUAGAGAUCCAAGCACUUCGGUGGGCUGUCCAGAAUGGCCAGAAUGCCCGAUACUACCACAUCCUGCAGGAGGUGGCAGGGAUUCCCCCUGAGCGGAACUCCAAAAGUCAAGACAGAUUCCUGCAGAACCAGGUCCAGAAGCUUACGCUGGAGCUGAAAACACAGAAAGAAGAAGCCCAGCUGGAGAAAGAACGCUUGGAGGAGAAACUGCGGCAGAACCGCCGUACAAUGCAGCAGAUGGAGGCUGAGCUGCAGACCUUCCAGAAGUCGUGCCUUCUACAGCUGGCUCGUUCCUCUUGGGUAGGACGCGUGAUUCGGUCUCAGACUGGCAGUGUGGAGGUGGUCACUGCAGAGGUCCUAAGGGACCCUACUGACUCUACUGAGUAUGUUGAGGGUCCCACUUCUAGGGAGGAAUUCCGGUUGGAGGAUGUAGAUUGGAACAGCAUUGCCCGCCGAUAUCCCAACCUCUUCUCCAACAUGAGUUUCUAUACAGAUGAAAAGCUGUCUCAGCCCCACCAGUCCUCUGAAAUGGAUACCUGGGACUCCGAGUGUACCCUCAAGCAUGUGGAGAAGCCUACCAAGAUCCUGGGGUGGGGCGCCUUGCCUUUGGCAAACACCAGCAGCUCAGAGGGUGCCAACUCUGACUCCAGCAGCUGCCAGAUAGCUCUGCAUUCUGGAGCAAAGAAGGUGACAGGCCACCCACCCCAGGGAACAGACUUAGCUUCUGAGCAGACGCAGGAAUGCACUAGGAGCUUCAGCAGACACACAGAAGAUCUUCAUAAAAGCUGCUCACCCUUGCUUAGCAAGACUGUUCUGGAGCCCUGUGCAGACCUUCACCAUCAACACACAAGGUCCCAGUUGAACCCACUUGGUUGCUGCUUGAAGAUCGCUGCGGUCAGCCACCGAGAGAAGUUCAUCCGUAUCCUCAAUCAGUCUCAGGCAGAGACUGUGGACCUGGGCGGCUUUGUAGUGCAGCAGCUUGUGAGGGACUACCCUGUGUGCAUGUACCGCUUCCCACCUGGUAUUCUGCUAGCCCCACAGCACCACAUCACAGUGUGGGGCGAAGGAACCAGCAGGACCAAGAAACAGCUGCCAGUGUCCGCGGGCCAGGAACCCUUCCACUUCCAAUCCAGCCUAGGUUGUGUGACAGUGCUAGUCAACCCCCACGGCCAGGUCCUCAGUGAGCAUCAAGCUGCACCCUGCGUGACCUUGGGCUCGAAGAUGUUCACCGACAACACUGACUGGUCCAUUGACCGCUUCCCUCUCUCAGAGUCUGAGCCCAAGGCUGACUCUGGUGAAGAGCAGUGUCGUCCUUCAUCGCCACACAAGGGCAGGGUGCGGGACUCUGGGGCCAGGCGUAAGAAGCCCAGGCCAGGUGUUCACCAGCAAAGGCACUUCCGCACUGGCACUAGCGGACUCAGGACUUCGGGAUCACUUCGCCCCACCGAGACCCGGGAUAUCUUGCCACUCCUGAGCACCCGCAAGCUUCUUCACCCCGGGGAAGUUCCCGCACAGCAGGAAGGCGUGAAGGCUGAGACUGCGGAGCUCCUGCCUGCAAUCCCAGAGUGUUCCUCGAGAGUGUGCCUCCAAGACUCGCUGUGUCAGCAGGAGCGCAAGGUCCAGGUAUGCCGGAAAAGCGUGGACCUAAGUUGCCCCAUGGUGGCCCUGUCAGUACAGAGCACAGCCGAGAGCAGAUAUGGGUUCCGCUUCCUCUGCUACCCUCCCAUCACUGAGGACUUGUGCCGGCGGUUGUAGAGCAGCCAGGCCAUGCAGGCAGUGCCAGCUGCAUAAUUUAUUGAACCAACCGUUGCUUACAAAGUAAAGCACA